CUUAUGACAAUAGUUUUGUAAUAACUUUGAGGAGCGAUCUUCUGACCUUAAAAACUCCGAUAAUAAAUGUUAUUUAAUUAGGACGGAGCGCCGAGGUUGCUCGUGUAUUCGGACAGAACGUAAUUUAAUUCAUAAAAAAUGCCUAGUGUAGUAAAUGUGGACACAAACCCGUUUGAGGGCCAGAAGCCGGGCACGAGUGGUUUGCGUAAAAAAGUUAAAGUUUUCCUUCAAGAACAUUACACGGAAAACUUCGUGCAGAGUAUUCUGGAUGCGAAUAAAGACUCUUUGGCUGGAUCUACGCUGGUAGUCGGCGGAGACGGCCGAUACCUUGUUAAGGAGGUUGUAGACAAAAUUAUCAAAAUCUCAGCUGCCAAUGGAGUCGGAAGGCUGCUGGUCGGUCAGGAUGGUAUCCUCUCCACUCCCGCUGUCUCCUGCAUCAUCAGGAAAUACAAGGCUCUUGGUGGUAUCGUCCUCACAGCGUCUCACAACCCGGGUGGCAUAGAUAAUGACUUUGGAAUCAAAUUCAACUGCGCCAAUGGCGGCCCAGCGCCCGACGCGACCACCAAUCAGAUCUAUGCCCUCACCACCGCCAUUAAACAAUACAAGAUAGUUCCAGACAUUGCUUGCGAUAUCUCCAAGAUCGGUGUUUCUAAUUAUGAUAUUGGUGGACAAAAGUUCACAGUAGAAGUUAUUGACCCAGUAAAUGAUUACGUGGCGUACAUGAAGGAGAUCUUCGACUUCAAUAAGAUCAAGGCACUGAUACAGGGCACGGAACAACGGAAGCCAUUCAACGUACUCAUCGAUUCUAUGAACGGAGUAACCGGUCCCUACGUAAAGCGUAUAUUUAUCGACGAGUUGGGCGCUAGGGAGGGCAAUGUGCGACGUAUCGUACCUCUGGAGGACUUUGGAGGCGCCCAUCCAGAUCCAAACCUCACUUACGCUGCUGACCUCGUGAACGCUGUCAAGGGUGGAGACUAUGACCUCGGAGCUGCUUUUGAUGGAGAUGGUGACAGGAACAUGAUAAUAGGUCGCGGCGCGUUCUUCGUGACUCCGUCAGACUCGCUGGCAGUGCUAGCCAGCUACUUGCAGCUGAUCCCCUACUUCCAGCGGACCGGAGUCCGGGGCUUCGCUCGCUCCAUGCCCACUGCAGCCGCUGUGGACAGAGUCGCGGCUGCUACUGGCUUCGAGAUGUUUGAAGUGCCUACUGGCUGGAAAUACUUCGGCAACCUAAUGGACGCUGGUCGCCUGUCAUUAUGCGGCGAGGAGAGCUUCGGUACAGGCUCCGACCACAUCAGGGAGAAGGACGGACUGUGGGCCGCCCUCGCCUGGAUGUCCGUACUGGCCGGGACCGGACACUCCGUCGAGGACAUACUCAAGGCGCACUGGGCUAAAUACGGCAGGAAUUAUUUUACUAGAUACGACUACGAGGAGUGUGCAAGCGACUCCUGCAACGAGAUGAUGCAGGUGUUGGAGAAGAAGAUCACGUCGCCCGGCUUCGUCGGCUCCUCCCACUCCGCCGGGGGGAAGACCUACGUCGUCAAACUAGCUGACAACUUCUCCUAUAUGGAUCCUAUCGACCAGAGCGUUGCUAUGAAACAGGGUCUCCGCAUAAUUUUCGAGGAUGGUUCCCGCAUUGUGUUGCGACUCAGCGGUACUGGCAGCUCGGGAGCUACCGUCAGGCUGUAUAUAGACUCGUACGAAGCUAAAGACGUGUUGGGUGACGCUCAAGUAAUGCUGAAGCCCCUGAUAGACGUCGCUCUACAGAUAUCUGAACUACCGAAAUACACCGGACGUGACGCACCUACUGUUAUCACAUAAUUACAUAGCAUAUAGUAUGUAUGUCAUAAAUAUAUCUUCCUUUUUCUAUAACAAACCCAAGUUUCGUAAAUGUUCGGUUAUCAAAAAUGGUCAAACUUAUUAAAGUUCUGUUAUCAAUAUAAAUAAACAAAAAGGAUAGCAAAAAAGUAUCGAUAAUUUUCCUUAUGUAUGUUCGUACAGUCAAAGGUCAAAAGUCCACCACCGUGAGUGAUGUUUACACGGCAAUGCGUAAGUAAUUUCAUAUUAAUGUGCGUAACAACGCGUGCGUACACAUAAAUACACGCACCCGUACGCACACGGAUAAUAAUAUGCGUGUGCAUGUGUGGAUAACCGAUAGUAGUCUUACGGUGGCAGUAGACUUUUGACCUUUGACCGUACAAUAUGAAUAUAAAAUAUUCGUAGUUCUGGGUGUUUCUCUGAAAAACUUUAAACUUUUGUUUUAACAUAUCAUUAUCCUACCGCGUUGUUAAGCAUCGUGGUGACUAUCAGCAUCUGUAGUUUUAUUGGAUUGGUUGAGAGCUCACACGGCUCAAUUUCUUGAAACCAAUUUAUGUGUUUUAAUGAGCAGAAGAACUUUGUGCUUAGGAUAAAGAUACUGUUAAUGUUUUGCGAUAUUUUUUUGUACAAUCACCAUUCUGCUAUAUGAAGUGAAGGUCGCAAUGUCUAAGAAAAAACAGAAUGAUUAUAUAUAUUAUGUAUAAAGUUUUGUUUAGAAAAUCAUACUGAAUGGCGUUUAGCAUACAUAAUAGAGUAGUUGCCAGCGUAUAGAAAUUAAAAAUCGAAUUAAUCCGUCAGUUAGAUGAUGAAAAAAUAUUAGACACGUAUUUUUUAUUAAGUUGCAAUACUUAGAUAAUAUGGUGUUAAAUUUAAGAGUGAGAGGUCGUUACGUCACAACGUGCUAUAUUUUGUAGCACAUUGUGACGUCAUACGAUAUUUAAAAUCAAUAUAUCG